ACAUAGCUUGUUUAUUUUUAACUGGUGAUGACUCUGAGGCAGAACCUAGGGUUCUGUAGGGUUGUCGACUGUGUCCGAUUUUCUGUGAGAUUAAGCCUUGGAGUGAAGGAAAGGAAGAAGAAAGAGGCACUGCUAAGCUAAGAGCUGUAGCGCAUGAAGUGGAUUGUUGUUUUUCUUCGUGCUGAGAGGUUGUACUAGAACACAACUGUGAGAGACAGACAGCACCAUGUCCUGUUCUGGGAAUUUCAUAUGGGAUGUGAGGAAACGAGCCAUCGGAUACACACAUCCUAACACAAUCCGCACAAAUUAUUUAGGCAGACGAGAGUUUGUGCAGCGUUUGAAGCUUGAAGCUGUACUCAAUGUGCAUGAUGGCUGUGUUAAUACCAUAUCAUGGAGUGACACAGGGGAAUACAUUUUAUCAGGAUCUGAUGACACACAUUUGGUUAUCACAAACCCAUAUAACAGAAAGGUCAAAACCACCAUUCGCUCAGGUCACCGUGCUAACAUCUUUAGUGCAAAAUUCAUGCCCCACACCAACGAUCAGCAGAUUGUGUCUUGCUCAGGAGAUGGCAUCAUUUUUUUUACUCACACAGAGAGGAGUCAAGAAAUCAACAGACAGUGCCAGAUGACCUGCCACUAUGGAACUGCCUAUGAGAUUAUGACAGUUCCAAAUGACCCCUACACCUUUCUGUCAUGUGGGGAGGAUGGUACAGUCAGGUGGUAUGAUCUGCGCACCAAGACCUGCUGCACAAAAGAGGACUGUAAAGAUGAUAUUUUAAUUAAUUGCCGGAGAGCUGCUACGUCCAUAGCCAUCUCUCCCCUGGUGCCAUACUACCUUGCUGUGGGAUGCUCAGAUAGCUCAGUGAGAAUCUACGACCGGCGAAUGCUUGGCACUAAGGCUACAGGUAACUACGUUGGUCGAGGGACUACAGGCAUGUGUGUGUGGUUUGUCCCUCCCCACUUGUCCAACAAGUUAUGCCGUGUGACUUCACUGUGCUACAGUGAAGAUGGACAGGAAGUCCUGGUGAGCUACUCUUCUGAUUACAUCUACCUUUUCGACCCAAAAGAUGACCAAGCUCGAGAGCUUAAGGGCCCAUCAGCGGAGAGGAGAGAGGAGUUAAGGCAACCACCAGUCAAACGCUUGCGUCUGAGGGGAGACUGGUCAGACACGGGACCUCGUGCCAGGCCUGAGAGUGAAAGAGAACGUGAUGGAGAACACAGCCCCAAUGUAUCUCUGAUGCAGAGGAUGUCAGACAUGUUGUCACGUUGGUUUGAAGAGGCCACCGAGACACAGAGCAGCAGAACUCGUCCACAAACUCGCCCCAGAGGCACUGCAGCUCAGCUGAUAGGAACACCUGCUGCUUCAGAAAGUCCCGCUCAAGAGUCCGUUGGAGCUGAAGGCUCCAUAAAUGUGGAAUCAGCUACCACAGAUCAACCCACUUUACCUGCAAGUGUCUCAGCCUCCGAUCAGACCCCCCUCAAAUCUUUUGUUUCAUCCUCCUCAUGUUCUUCCACCACUGUGACAUUCCUGCCUUCAUCCAGCUCCUCCUCCAUGGAGAGCACUGCCUCUACCUCUUCCAUGGUCUCCUCUCCAGACACUGAGCAAAAGAGCCAGGCCGAGGUAACGCCCAUCAGGUCAGCCCCACUUACAACCACCACCUCCACAGAGCCUGUCUUGUCUGAAUAUGGCCCUCGCAGGCUGCCAGUAAGUUUAGUGUGUAGGCGUUUACAGAGGCUACUUCUUCUAAAUGACCCCACUGGGUAUGGUCAACGUUCAGCGCCAGUGAGACGAGCACAGGAUGCUGCCUCGGAGAGCACCCACCCAGCAGAUUUGUCUUCAUCUAUGGUAAACAAACAGCUUGGAUCCAUGACUCUGGAUGAGCAACAGGGAAGCACUGAUGCAUCAGGGACUGUAAGCUGUGAUAUGAGUGUGAAUGUCAGCGAGGCCUGUACUGAACAUAAAGAACCAGCAGCAUCCUCAGCAUCUCUUGCACCUUCCAGCAGUAGUAGUGGAGGAGCAUGCUCGGGCGCCGACCGAAUGGCUAUGGGAAUCGGCACACCUGAGCCAGUACUUAGCCUGCACUACAGCACAGAAGGCACCACCACCAGCACCAUUAAACUGGACUUCACAGAUGAGUGGAGCAAUCUGGCAUCUAGCUCCAGAACUGGAGGUGAAGGACAAAAGCCGGUUGAAGUUCGAGAGAAUCCAGAGCAUGCAGGUGUCAGGCCGAAACCUGCAGAUCCAAUACCUGCGAAGUUUUCGAGCUUAGAAAGUGGCACUGAGAAGGCCUCAAGUAGCUCUCAGGAAAGCACACAGAACCUAGCUACUUCAGAUGAUUUACCUACUGCAGAGGAGCGCAAGAGGACCGAGCCGAGUGAGCAAGGCACUCAAGGCUCCUCUCAACCCCUUUCCAGUAAUCAGGAUUCGGAUGACAGUGAUGAUGACCCCAUUCUUAUUCCCUCAGUUAGGUACAGAGGAUCUCAGGGACAAAGAUUUAAUUUCCGAGGCUCUGCAGUCGGUGAAAGGAUAAUCAGGCGCUCAGCAGCAGCUCGUAUCCAGGAGAUCCUGCGCAGAAGAAAAGAAAGGCGUGAGAUGGAGGAAAGCGAGACACAUAACAUUAGACGACCUACAGGCAAAAUGAUGUAUAAGGGCCACCGCAACUCCAGGACCAUGAUAAAGGAGUCAUGCUUCUGGGGAAAUAACUUUGUUAUGAGCGGCUCAGACUGUGGCCAUAUUUUCAUCUGGGACAGACACACAGGAGAGCACUUGAUGCUGCUAGAAGCUGACAAUCAUGUAGUCAACUGUCUACAGCCUCACCCUUACGACCCCAUUCUCGCCUCAUCUGGAAUUGACUACGACAUUAAACUCUGGUCUCCGCUUGAGCAGACACCAUCAUUUAACAUAAACUUGGCUAAGGAGGUGAUCGCUCGUAAUGAAUUGAUGCUGGAGGAGACAAGGAACACCAUUACUGUCCCUGCCUCCUUUAUGCUACGAAUGCUGGCCUCACUUAAUCACUACCGAGCAGACCGCUCAGAAGGUUCUCUACAAGAAAUCGAGGAUGAGCAGUAGCAUUGCUGGGAUUUUUUCCACACAAAUCAUCAGUGUUUUUGCUUUACAACAGUUUAAUAUUUGAGAUUUGUACGUGUGGUGUAGAAUAUUCCCUUGUAAGAUCCAUUUGUAGUAUUCUUUUUUAAGAUGACUAUGUUAAUGAUUACUCCACAUGAGUAAAAGCAUUGGUUAAAAAAAAAACUAAUAUGAGCAAUGGCAAUAUAGAAAAAAGGAGCAGUGGAAUCAAGAUAUUGGGUUAAGAAUGUAAGGGGAUUGGCAUCUGUCCCUACUACAGUCUUUCUCUGAGUACCUUCGCACUAUUGCACUAAUUAUGUAGAGACUUUUGCAUUUUAACCAUACAAAGAGUCCAACCUAUUUAGGGUAAAUAUACCAGGGUACUUACAUUAUAUACAAGGGUACAAUUGCAUACUUAUUAUUUCAGAGUUGUUAAUAUCAUGUAAACCUCAUAUGUAAAUUAAGUACCCUGGCUAAUUUUUCCUACAUAAGUAAAACGUUCCAUGUGAAGGGCCUGCAAAAUCCCUACAUGACUGGUGUAUUAUGUGUUGUAUAAGAAUACUGCAAAAAGCUAUAUAAAAUAGUAGGUACCGAGGCCAAUUUCUCUUCAAAAAUUCAAGUGCAAUAUUUUUUCAGGUUGUUGAACUUUGAUCUGUGUUGGAUAUAUUUCCUUUAUGUGUUAUAGAGUUAGGCAUGUCAUACAAAAUCAUGCUUUAACUUUGUUAUAAAAAAGACCCCCCCUCCCCAUUUUUCCUGUGUGGUUUAUGUAGUCAGACUGGCUUUUGAAAUUAUAUUUUUUCAUGAACCUAUGUUCUUUGAUGGCCUUUUCCCCAAGAACAUACUAUAUUUAUGCUUUAUAAGGUUUAAAAUUAGCAAGUUAUCAUUGUUAAGAAAGUUGGCUAUUAAGGUGCACUGCAUUGGCAAAAUUAAUGUUAAGGUGUUUCUUAGCCAGCGGGCUAGAUGGUGUUUGCUUUUGGCAGCUGGAGAGCAAAGUGCUUGGCUUAAAGGCCACUAAUCACAGAAGUCAAACAAAAUGGGUCUCCCUCAACAUACUAUUUUCUGUGCUGCUUUAUACCAGCCGUUUUACACUGUUUAGUAAUGUUAAGUGCAUCCUGUCCAUCCACUAGUUUCUCACUCAUGAGAGGAUUAGCUUCAUUUAAGUUAAACAAAGGAAAAAAGCAUAAUAUUAGAAUGUAUGGUAUUGAAUGUGCUGUGAUGAAUACACUGAAAAUUACAUUUCAAAUGGUUUAAUAAAUACGAAUGGAUUCAGACUCUGAUGCAGAAUAAAUCAUUGCAAGAAA